AUGAAUGUUGGCAUUGAGGCUGAGAUGCUGAUUUGGUGUUGGUUGUUUGAGGUGGUACGGCAGGUUCACGCAUCUAAGCAUCUGCAAAGGUGUAUGCAAAAGGACUUCCUUGCGCGGACACCGAUGAGUACCCCACUACAGCCUGUCCUGAUCAUUUACUCCCACGGCCGGAAUCCGCCGCUGCAUCCACCACCACACCUUAGAUAUGACCUUCGGAAUAUCCCCAACCCGCCCAAGGAGCUCCGCGCAGUUAGCGAUGGGCGUUCAAAGCGCAUCCGCGAGCACCUCCUUUCCGAACCGAAGUUCGUCCAGCGAUUAGAAGCCGUGGAGCGUGACAUUCUCCGCACAAUGGAGGCCAAAAUCGCCGAGCAUGCCGCGCAGCUGAUAGGAUCCGAGCUUGAAGAAUGUACGUCUGUAGAUGUUGCUAAGGAGGAAGAAGAGGGGCACGAGGAUGAGAGUAGGGCUUUAGGGGCUGAACAGGAGAAUGAGGAACUUUCGGAAGCGUCAUCAUCCGACCACGAAGUCAUCCUCCGAGUAGGCUGCAACUGCGCUUUGGGGCAUCACAGGAGUGUAGCUUUUGUCGAAGAGCUAUCACGACGUUCGUGGCCCAAGGAAUGGCAGGUUCUUGUCGUCCACCGCGAUCUAGAAAAGAAGAGAGCUGGUGGGGCGCGCAAAAUGCAGAAAGCAAGUUUCAGGGAGAAGAGGAGGAAUAUGUGGGAGGAAUAA